GACUCGGACAACGAAACGGGCGACGAUGUUGAUGAGGACGACGAAGACCAGUACUACGGGUUUGUCGGUGACGAGGAGGAGGAUGUGGAGGCUGAGAAGGCGGAAGCAAAGACGAGCGUGGAGAAGACAGUCGAGGUUCUUGAGGGCCAACUGCUGGGAGAGGCCAGCGCCAAGUCGAAAAAGGUGAAAAGACUUACGCCGAAGCAGCUUGAAAACGAGGAAAAGCGAGUCAAGAGAACAGGCGUGGUAUAUCUGUCUUCCCUGCCGCCUUACAUGAAGCCGCAGAAGUUGAGGCAGGUGAUGACGCGGUUCGGAGAGGUCGGACGUAUAUUCUUGAAGCCCGAAGACCCGAAGGUGUACAAGUCGAGAAUCAAGUCGGGGGGUAACAAGAAGAAGAAGUUCGAUGAGGGCUGGGUGGAGUUUGUAAGCAAAAAUGACGCGAAGCUUGCGGCAAGCACGUUGAAUGGCAACGUUUUGGGCGGGAAGAAACGGAGCUUCUACCACGACGACGUGAUGAACGUCAAGUAUUUGAAGGGCUUCAAAUGGUUCGACUUGACGAACGCCUUGAACAGAGAGGUUGAGGUGCGUGACAGCAAGAAGCAGGCCGAGUUGUCGCAAGCCAACAAGCUCAACAAGGCCUACGUCAGAAACGUGGAGACCAGCAAGACUAUCAACAGAAUCAAGGAGAGUAAGAAACGGAAGCUCCCAGACGGCGCAGAGGCGGAGGCUCCGCACAUACGAAGAGAAUUCAAGCAGAGACAUGUCGCCACCAACCGAGCGGGAGCCGACGACUCAAUCAAAAACAAGGACACCAACUCCGGCUUGGACAGUGUGCUAAACAAGAUCUUC